AUGGAAAUCGACAAUGAGUUGAUGCUAGACGAGUGCGCUUUCAUUGUUCAGCAUGACUGGCAUAGAAGCUUGUCGUCUGCGCCGUAUAAUUUUUUCGUCGGGUUGAAGAAGCCGGGCCAAGAUAAGACGAAAUUCUUCGAUGCUAUUGUGGAUCCGAAAACUGGAGACAUCGAAAUCGAGAGGGGCGAUGGCAGUUUUACGGUUGCUUUGAGAGGCAGAGCUCUAGAAGUGGCUUGUGCGUCCGGGCGUAAAACGUAUUUUCUUGCGCCGCUGGUGGAAUACGGAGACGUACACUCGGCACCGAUCGCCUCCUUGGAUGUUGCAUCUUCAGGCAACAUGUUCCUCUCCACAGACUCUUAUGGCGCCCUUCGAGUUUCUGGAACGACUGACGGACGCCCUUUGAGAGAACUGAAAGGCCAUAUGCUCCACUUGACGGCUCGGCUUUUCCCCUCGGAUCUGGUCGUGCUCGGUGGCGGCGCGGAUAUGCGACUACGCGUCUGGAGCGUGGAGACGUGCGAGGUGGCGCGGACGAUGAAGGGACACAUGAUGGCCAUCACCGACGUCGGUAUCCUCGGGGUCGGGCGUGAGGUCGUCUCUUGCUCCCGAGACGGCACGGCUAAGAAAUGGAGUUGUGCCGAGGGCGAGUGCGUAUUGACGUGGGCGCCUGAAUCUGGGGAGUGCAACGCGUUGGCUUUGAACCCGGCUGGUUCGCUAAUUGCCGUUGCCUGCUCGUUGAAUAAGAUUGCCGUGUACCCCAUUGAUAGUUCAGAAAUGGUCUUCUCAGCCUCUGUCUCUGGCUCGCCUUCCACGUUGUCGUUCUCGCCAUGUGGUGCGAGAAUUGCUUGUGGCGAUGACCAGGGCCAUCUUUCUAUUUAUAACGCAACGAACGGUUCUCGCGUUGCUCUGCUGCGCACAACCCGUGGCAACAUCGAAAAGCUGAAAUGGCGAAAUGCUGGGAUCUUUGUCUGUUUCCACGACGGGAGCGUUGGACUCUACGACUCCGUGAAUUUCCGAGAUCACCCCAAGUACGAAUUGAGCGGGCCCGACUGUGAUCCGGUCUACGACAUUGCCUUCAACCAGGACAUUAUCUACACCGGAUCUCGAGACAAGCUCAUCCGAAAUAUGCUAUCGAAAGAUCUCCUCCGUGCUCGCCCGUUGUUCAACAUAACGUCGAGGGGCAAGCGCAACAGAUUCAAGCCAAAGAUAGCAUCCGUACGACAGAACAAGAAUCCUUCUUCUAUGGCCCUCGACCAUUUCGACUUCUAUUACGGCCCUAUUUUCGGGAAGAAGUGGCCAAGCAUUCGACUUGGAUUAUUGAUGCCGAAUCAAUAUGUCGCAGUUGUGAACACGCUUUCAAAGUCUUGGAAAGCCAACGUGCUGCUGUUAGAAGAAGAAGGCGCUGUCGAUCUGCUCGAAAAAAUCCAGGGCAAAUUUCGCGACAAACGACAGGAGGACAAAAUUCGAGAGAUGUCCCAGGGCGCGAAAAAAGAUGCGGAUCGGCUGUUGCGGGAAAAUCAGGAGCCUGGCACAUCGCUAGACCGAAAUUUCGCGCUCCGAGAGACCGAUGAGAUGCGCGGGGAAGCCGGCCUCAAAGAAUUCGCUUCCUCACCCGGCGAAUUCUCGCAGUACGACCAGCAGCUGGGGCUGAAGUUUACGGAAGAGCAGAAGCUGAAAGAUAUUCAGGUCACUGGCUUCGAAGGCGAUGGGCUCGAACUGCCGAUACGGAAGCACGCGUUAAAAUACCCGAAAGAUCUACGCAUCCGGACAAUGCAACGAGGAGAUAUUUCACGAUAUCCGCCACCGCUGAAAGAUUCGGACGCCGUUCCAGGGUGGUGGCUGCUGGAUGGCGGCUCUGUGGUCCCGGUUUUGGCGCUAAAUUUUGAGCAGGACGACACGUUUUUGGAUCUUUGCGCGGCGCCCGGUGGCAAAAGCCUACUUUCCCUGCUGACAGGAUUGCCAAAAAAGAUUGUGUGCAACGACUAUAAGCUUGCCAGGCUUGGAGACCUGAAGCGGUCAUUGUCACUUUAUGUGCCUGCCGACAGUCCGGCGGCGGAAAAGGUGAUUCUCAAGCGAAAAGAUGCCAGUGAUGUGGCGGGUUGGGAUGAGAUUGAGGCAUACGACAAGGUGCUCGCUGACGUUCCCUGCUCGUCUGAUCGGCUGUCUGUCAGCCAGGAUGAGGGCACGCUUUUUGAGCUGCAGCAUACUCAGAAACGGCUCGACCUGCCGCAGUUGCAGACGAAAAUUUUAGUUAACGCGUUGAGAUCUGCGAAAAAGGGCGGUUCCGUCGUGUACUCAACCUGCACGCUGUCGCCCGCCCAAAAUGAGGCCGUCGUGCAGAAUGCGGUGGCCAUCGCCGAGCAACAGUUUGGGAUUCGGGUGGUCGAGGAAUCGCUCACCCUUCUGAAGCGUCAUCUCGAGCUGACCGGACUCUUCCGCUUCGCCAACAACACUCAACAUGGUCUCCUGUUACUCCCGUUUAUCCCCUCGAAUUUUGGGCCGAUGUACAUUUGCAAAUUGCAUAGGUUGUUG